AUGGAGGAGGCUGGCGAGGAGGUCGAGGUGAGCGGCGUGCCGUGGCUCCGGCGCGGGCUCGGGUGCCUCUUGCUGGGAGUGGUCGUCUCGCUCUGGGUCGGCUCGUCGUACCUGAUGCAGCACAUUUACGAUGGUGGCGGGUUCUCCAAGCCAUUCUUUGUCACGUAUCUGGCCUCGUCGCUGUUUUCGGUAUAUAUGGUUGGCUUUGUUCGGCCGUCAUGGAGGGCGAUGGCGCGCAGCGGGUGGCGCGAGCGCCGGGCGCCGGGCGCCGACGCCAACACCGACGCCGUCGCGCUGCUUGUCCAGCGCGAUCGCAGGCGAGCGGAGGCCAGGCGAUCCGGCGGCAGUGCAGCAGUGGUGGAAGAGGUUACUGUUUCGCGAGCGAUGGGAGACGGCGCUGAGCUGCCUCCGCUCACGAUGCGCGAGCUGGUCCAGAUUGCCGGCGUGGUGGCGGCCCUCUGGUUUGCGGCCAACUACGCGUUCAACGCGGCGCUGACGCUGACGACUGUCUCGUCAAACACAAUCAUCUCAUCGACGAGCGGGCUUUUUACCUUUGGCCUCGGCUGGCUGGCGGGUGUGGAGCGGCCGACGGUGGCCAAGGGCGUGGCGGUGGUGCUUGUGGUCGGCGGCGUGACCUGCGUGGCGCUGGCGGACUCGGGCGAGAGCGACAGCGGGCAGCGCGACUCACUGUGGGGCGAUGCGCUCUCGCUGGGCUCGGCCGCCGGCUACGGCGCGUAUGUGGUUUACCUCAAGCGGGCGGUGCGGCAUGAGUCGCGCGUGUCGAUGCCGAUGCUCUUUGGCCUCGUCGGCGUCUUUGUCCUUCUCCUCGCCUGGCCGCUGGGCGUAUUGCUCUCGGUGACGGGGCUGGAGAUGUUUGCAUGGCCGAGCCCGCCGGUUUGGGGCUUUCUUCUCCUCAACGGCCUGCUCGGCACGGUGCUCUCCGACCUGCUCUGGCUGUACGCGGUCAUGCUCACGACGCCGCUGGUGGCCACUAUCGGGCUCUCGCUUACCAUUCCGUUGGCGAUGGUGACCCAGGCGCUGUUCACCUCUGACGCGCACUUUACCUUUGUCUACAUCCUCGGAGCGUGCCUUGUUGUUGCAGGCUUCUUUGCUGUCUCGGUCGAGACGUGACCAGAACUACGACGCGGCGGUCAUCCGCUUCAGCUUGCGCUCGGCCUUUCUGCGGGCGUUCUGGAUGACCUUGGCAUCCGAGUACACAUGCGAGACUGGGAUCAUGCCGGUUGUGCCGUCGCCAAGCGAGCCGAGGAGCCAGCCAUCGUCAAAUACCUCGAGGACGGCGAUGCGGUCGCCGCGCUUGACGUUGAGCUCGUCCUCAUCCUCCGACUCAAAGUCAAAGAGGACGGUGGAGAGAAUGCCGGUGUCGGCGAGCAAGGCCUGGAUCAUUGCCGCAAUAGUGGUUUCCAGGUGCUCGACGAGUGCGCCGGAGGAGAAGAAGCAAAUAGUCUGGAUGCUCUCGUCAUUGUGCUUGGUGACAAAGCGGAAGAGCCGCUUCUCCGGCUUGAACAGGUACUUGACAAUUGCCUUGAUCUUGUACAGCGUCUCGGUCUCGCCCUCGACAAUUGAAAAGCCCUCCGAAGUGAGCACAAACAUGACCUUGGUCG